GUGAGAGCGUACACAGGCAGUUAAAAAAAACAUCGUAUUUACUAAUUAACGCUACCAGAUUAACGCGCCAAGGUGCCGUCAACAAAAAAAAAAACAUUAAAUAUUCAGAGAAUUUCGCAAAGGUUAAUAAAGCUAGAUUUAUCAGUUAUUCGACCAUUUCAACGCCGGUGUACGUUUACUAACAUAUAUACAUGGCUCUAUAAAACAAUUGAUGGAAACAGACGCGUGAAAUUAUCAACAUUUUGAUAACUUUGUGAUAGUUUCAUCGUAAUUUUCUUUUCCUAAUUUGUCAGCUGUCUGGAAUCUAUUUGUUGUUAGAAAAUGUGGGCUAUCUACAACCGAUUUGGCCGCUUUUCGAGGUAUCUGGGGAAGAUGCGAUCGCGCAAUUGCCUGAAUUAUUAUUAUUGUCAGCUAUCCAUUGUUAGCUACCAGACGCUAUUGUGACCUGGGCAAGAGUGACGACACAGAUGGAUACGGUUUGGCAUGCCAACUAGGCAAGCCCAGAAAUGCGCGUUGUUUUGAUACAGGUUUACAGGUACAGGUAAACAGACAAUGCAGCUAUCUGCAAGAUUAAGGAAACUUUCUAUAGCUCCUAUACGAUAAGCAGUCUGCUCCAGAGUAGUCAUUAUGGUGCCAACCUACCGCUAGUUGUGUACUGCACUAAAGCUAUGACAUAGGCAAUAACGAUAAAGCAAUGCAUUUUGUUUUUUCUUCGUUCAUAUUUUCGUCCUAGACUAAAGUCUACCUCAAUUAAAUUUAAAAUGUAACCACGCCAUUUAAAAUGUAACUAAACUACGCCAUAAUACGAAACACAAACGAGUUCAAUUGAUUCUCAUUGUAAAAGCUAGGACGCCUCAAGCGGUUACCGGGUGCCAUCACUUAAUUAUGUCGACCUGUCAGGUGUCUUUGAGGAUAGAAGAAUUGCGUCUUCGAGACACAGCCAAAAAUAGUCGUCAAAAAGAUCUAUCUCGGUACCCAUGACUUUUUCCCAAUUUCGAUAAGCCAGGUGUAAUUAUAGGGUGAGUAAAGUGUCACUGUUGAUGGGAUAAAAUUAGGUGUUUGUCCUUACGUAGAACAUAGCGCGCGCGCGCGCGCGCUGAAUAACGCAUCUGAAAGCCCAACAGCGAAAUAGGAGUCGUCUCACAUCGUCAUGCUACUAAAAGACCGAAAAUAACUUUUCUUCUGCCCGAUCUGUCGUACCCAACAAGGACACCAGCCCAGAUGACAGCUCUCGGUCUGUCCUAUUAGGCAGAUGUACAACAGACGUAUUCAUUCGGUACGAAGCCAUCGUAACUUGAACCGAAUACGCUAACGUAUAACAGACUAUUACAGGAUCUGGCAGUAGACAAUGUGGAUGAACCGAGACGUAAUCUAUGAAAACCGUUCCAAGAGAGUAAAAAUCGAGGUCAGUCGUGAUAAGCCGAUGCAAUAUUUGGGUGUUUGUGAUGCCGCACGAGAAUUCGAGUGACUCCAGGUAUCAAAAUGAAUACGUUUGUUUGUAUAAUUUACUAGCGGACCCAAGAAUCACAGAACUCCGCCAUGUCUUUGAUUGUAACUAAGAGGGUUGGUUGAUUGCAGGUAAAUACUUGUUGGAAAAAAACUCUAACAUCAUCUUCCGUUUCACAGUGGGAGACUUCCAUUUAUUAAACUCGAUGUUUGUGCGCUUUAUUAAAAUGUUAUGCUUUAUCACAGUAAUCCAAUGAGUUGUCGAAGAGGUAUUGAUAGUUUUUUUUAGCUACGUGGCUCUUGGGUUAUAUGUUGCGUCACUUGGAAGCUGAGACCUGAUAACGAUAGCCGUGCUAAGCCCAUCGAAAUACUUCCAUUCAGAUUUCAGAUGAGUGAAAUAUCUGAAAAAUGGCAAAAUGGGGCCCAUGCCGAUGAAGCAUUUGUGCAAUUGAUGGUCAGGAUACAUUAUCGAAAAAAAAAAAAAAAAAACAACAACAACCCAAACAUGGUUUUUUUUGCUUUCGUCCUAGAAAUUUCGAUGUGAAGGAUGCUUUUCUUAGCGGCGAACCGAUCACGAAAAAAAUGAUGAAAUUAUUGCGGAAGCUGAGCAGGACGUGAGAGACCUACUGGGGACCUGAGUAGUUAGUUACAUUGAUAAAACGGCACGGUUUUAAACUAUUUGAAGAAGGCUGUCUGUUAAGAGGAGCUCGAUGUGUGGGUGCCACACAGAUAAACGCAAGACAAUUUAUUCAGUCGUAUGUAAAACUAACUGUCUGAGUUACAGAAAUACAAAUGGAAUGAAGCUAUUUGAGAAGUGGCUGGCUACGUGUAGUGAAGAACGGAUCACAUAUAACAGUAAUGCGGAAAAAAAAGUAAUAAUAAUCUGUGGCAAAGUUUGAACUGACGCCAAAGAAUGUAAUGCCACGUUAUUGGUGGUAUUGAAAAAAACGUACGUUAUGAGCCCGUAAGAACGGUUUAUGUGGACUUUUAUUAUCAACAACAAGCCAUCGGGAAAACGACCAGAAUUUGGGAACAGAGGGAGGGUCAUCUUCCGCCGCAACAAUGUCACUUUAGCCACCCGGCAAAAAAUUGAGAGUACUCCAUUGAUAGUGUCAACUUGGUUUCAAAGGAUCCAUGAAAAAAUCCCUUGUCACAAUUUUUUUCUCUAUAGAAGUUCUAUAGUGAUGAAAUUGUCGUGUUACCGAAAGGAUACCAGAAUGUCAUCAAUUAAAACGGCCAAUAUUUAUUUUAUUUUUCUUACCGUGUGUUUUUGGUAAUGUUGUUUUAAGGUCUCAAAUAUAUAUUUGGCUUAAUUUUCGCUGUAGAACCGUCAAGACAUUUUCGAUCGCCCAAUGUUAUACAUCGGCCCAGUUAAAUAGCAUUGUGCGAUAGAAAAGUUAAUCAUAUGUGACAACUUUAAUGAAUAUGGAUAAUAAAGAAUAAAGAAAGAAGAAUGAAAAGUAAAAAUCUGGCACUUAGACAAAUUUUCUUUGGUAACAUGCGUUGAGGUUUGUCUGAGUCUAUUACAAUACAACUGUAGUUUUAUGUUCGGAAGUAGAAUUGGGUAAUGAUCUGGAUUACGUGACGCCAUGCUCAGACAGGUAAAGACAAUGUACAGAGAUUAGUUACGAGGUAAAAGAUAAUUGUUAGUAUAUUCUCGAAGUAGAGUCGACGAGUUGAUAUUCUUGACAGGUUCUUUAAGCUGAAAGUUCCAGAGAGAAACAGUUCGUAACGAGAGUAUACCUGUACACUUAUAAUUAGGGACUUGUUUUAAGUCUGAGAAGUUUGGCAAGAGGCUGACAUCAUCCAAAUACAUGGAACGAGUGUUUCUUUUUUGGCUGCUAUAAAGCAGAGUUUAAGUCUAUGGAUCUAGAAAUAAAAGGGAAACUGUAAUGUACCCGAAAAUUUUCGACCGAAGCGAACUUCAAGAUGUGAGAGACUGCAUGAGAGGCAUCAUCUCGCCGAACAUGUAGCCGCCUGAUGGAAUCCUAAAUUAUCGUGCAGAAGAUACGAACGAGACAAGUAUUGAUUUAGGAAAAAAUGCCCCAGCUUCGAUGCAGCAUGGAAGCGCACCUGGGGGUAUGAGCCGAAAUAAUACCAUGAGUAGUCUUCAGCAACAAAAUAUUCUACUCCAGAAGGAGCGCUGUCCUUGGACCUGUCCCAGUGAUCGCGAACUUGCCCUGCGCGCCAAAGUGCGAUCCGGGUGGUCCAUUAAGACAGAUCACACGUUUGGCAUGCCCGGGCCCUUAACUGACAAAGAGCGCUCAAUGAUCCUCGAGGUCGUUCAGAAAGCGGAUCGCGUUGAGCGGAUGGAGCAAGAACGAAUUGUACGAUUGGUGACGCAGAUGGAGAAGAUGAAGCAUUGUUGUGUGCUGGGGCGAGGCUCGGGGCAGUGUCACAUGUGCGGCUCCCCUUUUCGGCUGUUAAUAUCAAACGCUCAGCGAUGCAGCGUCUGCGCUCAGGACGUCUGCUCAAGAUGUGGCCUCAACGUGGUCAUACUUCAAAGCGGUACCAUGCAACGGGAUGUCGUCUGGCUCUGCAAGAUAUGUCAUGAAACUAGAGAGGUGUGGAAAAAGACUGGCGCUUGGUUUUUUAAAGGUCUUCCUGGCUACGCUUUUGAGGCAAUUGAAAGAGAGCGUAGGGCAAGAUUCAACGCACAAAACUAUAGCCAAUCAAAUCCUAUUCAGAUGAUUCGUUAUAGCGAACGGUAUAAAAAUCAUUCAGAGUCCUCAACUCCAGGAAUGACUCCUGCUGCGAGCCAGAUCGACAUUAAGAAGACACUCCACGUAUCUGACUCUGACGACUCGAGUGAUGAUUCAUUAGGAGAAAGUGCCCGCCAAAUAGUUGAGCCAGAAAGUGCAGGACAAGCUAAUGUUUGCGUCGGCGCAUCACCGCAGUCGGUAGCCACGCGACAUCACUCCGCUUCCGUUAUCGAAGCUGGUCUACUAACAGGUGAAACAUCAUCGGCAUCUGCUGGGGGUGGCGGCCACAAAAGGGCUCUUCGAUCUACAAAUUCAGCGGGGUCAUUUACGUCGACGGGUACGAACUCAGAAUCACUCCUAAACGGUCCUACUGGCUCGACGUCCAACUUGUCAAUGUCGAUUGAUUCCCUCGCGCACGCCCUCGACAGCGCUGCAGCCGCUAACGGAGUUGCGAUUCAGACAACUUCCUCCAACGAAAUUCAAGGAAAUGGUUCACACAAAAAACAGAAGAUGUCCAUAUACAAACGUAUCCGUAAGUCGUUCCGCAAUGCGACGAUCGGACAUGCUCUAAGCUUCAACUACUCAUCAUCGCAUCAAAUGCCUCGCAUCGGGCCCCGUGAGCACUCUGCCCAGGACCAACAUUUAGAUGCUCCCAACAUAUCCAGACGACUUUCUACAACUGACGACCUCAAAUAUAGUGAACUGUGAAUGUAUAUAUAUAUAUAUAUAUAUAUUGGUGGAAUGGGCAAAUCAUGUCAGCCAAAUUUACUAUAAAUUCAACAAUAUAAUAGCUGUACUAGUAUUAACUAUUGAGUUCUGUCAAAAAGCAACAGCAACGUGCGUUCACGGAUAAUGAGAAACGUAAACACCUCAACCCUCUUAUUCGAGGCCCUAUGUUAACUGUCAAAAACAGAUAACGUAAGAAUAUCAAGUUCUAUAUUAGCUUUCAGAAGACAAUACGCAAUUAACGAAAUUAAAUUUCAAAUAGAAUUCCGUUAAUAUCGAACCAACUUACUCUUUCCUAUCGAAUUCAUCUUUCGUGCUUGACAAUCUUCACAUAUUUCCAUAUUCUUCGAUUAAAUUGUCCCAGAUGCCAUCGCGCUAGACAUUCGCAACUGUUUUGUCAUCAACCCAACUAACGGGUUGUUGUCAAAUGUCAUAGGAAACAUUUGUGAGUUAUGAUCUAGUGAUACGAAAUUUUGCAGAGGCAUUACCAGUUUGUAUACCACUAUAUGCAUACAUCCGUGGUAAAUGACACCUUUUUAAUAAACAGAAGAACCAACCUACACGCAUACACAGUGUUACAUAAAUACAGGAACGAUAUGAAAUUCCAGUGCUAGGAGUUUGAGUUAACUUUAAACUGCAGUUGAUAAAAAGAAUAAGUAAGAUGUUGCUAAAAAUAGCCUAAUAGCGUUCUUGAGGUUCCUGCUAUUAACUGUCGUCAUUUUGAGAUAGGCUAAAAAUCACUCGGUGUGUACAACCACUCUAUUUUAUAUCGAUAUUAUAGUUUUUCGAAAAUAUAUCGAAAUAUGUAGAAAAAGAAACGAGUAUAACGAGACCGUCAUAUGCGCUCUGUUCCGUAUUCGUCAAGAUCACUGUAUUGCAAAGAAACAACCACAUUUUCACCAAAAGCGUCUACACUUUAUUUUAUUUUAUAUUUAUAGCUUGCGUAAAGACAUUAGUCACUGCUUUUCUGUCAUCUUCCACAUUUCUACCGUACCUUUCGAUUAUCGAUUAUCUACCGAUGUUUUGUCCUAUGUGAUUGCUAACUCGCGUUUGUCUCCUACAAGGAGCUUAUUUGAAACGCCAGUAUAGGCAUAGCCGAGAGCCCAUACAACACAACACGAAGUGGUCCUCUUUUUCAAAACUAACCGUUAUGCUGUUCCUGUUGGUCAAUCCCAUAAACUUGUAUGAUAUAGUAUUGUUUAAGCGAAACGAGCGAAUCAAAUCAUUCACGCGCUACUUCUUCAUAUCUGAUCUAUGGAAAUAUUAUAAUCUAUAAUUAGUCAACUCAUCCAUUUAUAUGUCUUUGCACGUUUGAAUGUAAUGCUUUUAAAACUAAUUCGGUUUUCAGUUAGAUGGCCGAGAGCCUGAUUUUUUUCGUUUCCACUAAUACGAUGUUUUGUUGUGGAAAGCUCUUGUGUCACUAUUAGCAGUUGUGUCGACAAAUGUGAAUAAUUCUGGUAAUAUGACGAAGUUAGAGGUUUACUCAGCCAUUAAGCCAUACUAUGUAAAUUAGAUUGUUGUCUUAUCGUCACAUCAUAAGCUUAUUAAGAUUUAAGUCCAAAUUUUGCAUAUCCGUAAUUAAAUACUCAGGUAUAACAACUUGCCAAAAUUGGCCUUUCUUCCGAUUUGCAGUAAUGAAUAUUGGUGCAUUUAAUAGGCUCUUCAGAUGAGCGUUUUUAGCUGAUAACCACAACAGUAUAGAAAACACACAUCUAGUGUUCCCUGAAUCCGCGCAAAUAUAAGGUCGGAUGGCGCUUCUUUAUUAACACACAAGAAUCGCUUUCUAGCAACAUGUCGCCAUGCAUGUGCGCAUCAAGCGUACCGAACGAAAUAUUUAGAAAAACUGAAGCUAUUGUGGGUAAUGAUUGAACUUGAUGUCCCUAUGGGAAGAACAUGGCCAAAGGAGCAUGCGUGCAUGCAUAAGUACCAAGUUUCACCCUUUUAUAUGUGGUAACAGUUAAUAUUUGUGAAUGAGUGUGACGGUAAUGACACUAAUAUGUAAUAGUAAUAUAAUGAACGAUAACAAUAAUCAAGAAGCUAGCCUUUAUUUUAUAUCUUCAUAUUAGUAUCGGUGUAGGUUUGUCAAAUGGAUACCCACUAAAUAUUUGGUAUGAACAAAAUAAACAAACUUUG